AUGGCAACCACAAGCACGUCAACAGUGCCUGCUGCGCCAACUGUAACAAGUCCCUCCUUUGCUCUGAACAAAAUUGACUAUGAAAAACUGAACGAAUUCGAGUUUAAACCACCUCCCGAAUGUCCCGUAUACCGCCCCACCCAAGAGGAGUUUGACAAGGGCCCACUGGAGUACAUCAACAGCAUCCGACCCGUUGCUGAGAAGCAUGGAAUCUGCAAAAUUAUCCCACCAAAGUCGUUCAAAGUUCCAUUCUCCAUUGACACUAAGGAGUUUACAUUUACUCCUCGUGUUCAACGCCUAAAUGAACUUGAAGCUCGGACACGAGUAAAACUGAUUUUUCAUGAUCGACUCAUCAAAUUUUGGCAAUAUCAGGGUGUAAUAUUGAAGUGGACAACGUUUGAAAAAAAGCUCCUUGAUCUGCAUACACUUCAUUCUGUUGUCAAAGAAGAAGGAGGCUUUGAAUUGUGUACGCAAGAACGCAAAUGGGCCAAAAUUGCUUUAAGAUUAAAUUUCACAAAAAAAUCCGCAUCAUCUCUUCAUCAGUAUUACGAAAAGACCCUAUUUCCGUAUGAUCUUUUUAUUAAUGGAGCUACAUGUGAGGCUACUUCUAAUGAUGAACCGCAUUCAGCAAAUGGUUAUGAUAAUAAUUCUGAUGUCAAAAAUGAUACAACAGAUGAAACUAAAAGUUACGAAAUGACUGAAAAUGCUGACCCACAGAACACAGAAUUAAGAAAGCUGCAAGUUUUUGGAGCAGGUCCGAAAAUGCCCGGAGUGACUAAUGAUGAGAAGGUGGCCAAAGGCAGAAUAUGUCACAACUGCUCUGAUUCAAAUUCCUCUCCCAUGCUCACAUGUGAUUACUGCACGAGGUCUUUUCAUCGGGCUUGCUUAUUUCCACCGUUCAAUGAGGUGCCUAAAACGAAAAUUCUGCCUAAACUACCGCAACUGUAUACAAACGACUUUGGCUUUAUUCAAUCUGGAAGAAUCUACAAGUUGAGCGAAUUUUGCGAAAAUGCAAAUGCAUUCAAGGCUAGUUACUUUAACCAACCGCCCCAUAAAGUUCCUCUCGACAUUGUUGAGAAAGAAUUUUGGCGAAUCGUUUCAUCAUCGGAAAACAUUGUGCACGUCGAGUACGGAGCAGAUCUCGACAAUGAUUUUGGUAGUGGUUUCCCGCUAAAGAAGCAGAAAAAGAAUGACAAUGAUGAAGGAAAAGAAAAUAUAAUGGAAGAUCCGGAACUAGAGUAUUACGUCAAUUCUCCUUGGAACUUGAACAACUUGCCCACCUUGGACGGAAGUGUUUUCAAGCACAUCAAUACAAACAUUAACGGCAUGAUUAUUCCGUGGAUGUACGUGGGAAUGUGCUUUUCUGCGUUUUGUUGGCACAAUGAGGAUCACUGGACCUACUCUAUUAACUAUCUACAUUGGGGAGAGCCAAAAAUAUGGUACGGAGUUCCGGGUAAUGAGGCCGACAAGUUUGAAGAGGCAAUGCAAAAAGUGGCUCCCGAGCUGUUUAUUCCAUCGCCUGAUUUGCUGCACCGACUGGUUACCACUUGCAAUCCAAACAUACUGUCGAAAGAGCACGGUGUUCCGAUUUACAAAGCAGUUCAAGAAGCUGGUGAAUUUAUAGUCACAUUUCCUCGUUCGUACCAUUCGGGUUUUAAUCAGGGAUUUAACUUUGCGGAGGCUGUCAACUUUGCAACUCGCGAUUGGUUAAACCUGGGACGCCUUUCAGUCGCCAACUACGCGCUCUCUAACCGAUUUACCGUAUUCAGCCACGAUGAACUCAUCUGCAAGAUGGCCGAUAGUUAUAACCGUCUAGACAUGCAACUAGCUAGAGAAACUUACAAUGAUCUACUUAUGAUGGCCAAAAAUGAGCGAGAACUGCGCGACCGAAUGAACUUGAUGGGCAUCAUCUCGUCGGAGCGUUACGUCUUUGAGACUAUGGGCGACGACAAUCGUUCCUGUUGUCGCUGCAAUACAACCUGUUUUUUGUCUGCUUUGCGCUGCAAGUGCCCAGAUGAAACGGAGGCUGAUCAAAAAGAUGAAAAGGAUAAAAAGC